GGCCCGUGACAUGUGACCACAAUAUAUAGUGAUAAUUAAUCAUGAUUCGUGAAUGGAAAUUAAUUAUGAAACAAGUGUGUUUGUGGAUUUUAUUAAUCAAAACCGCGAACGGACAGUUCGGAAGUAUAUCAAUAAGUUUAGAAAGAAAACCACGGGUUGACGAUGAUUCAAAUCUUGCAAGAUGUCCACCCAACACAAUAUGUGUUCCAGUUAGUCAAUGUCCACUAUUAGAAGAUUUGUUGGAUUAUGCGUGUUUCUCUUCAGACAGAUAUUUUCUCCGUUUGAACGAAUUAACAUGUGGAAGCUCAAAUGAAGAAGAUUUUGUGUGCUGUCCGUCUUGUGAGUGUGGCCGGGUGUAUCAACAUGGCAACCCUGAAUGCGGACAGAGCAUGGUACGAGGGAUUGACUAUAAUGGUUUAGGGGCACAGCCCUGGGUCGCUAGAGUGGGUUUCGCAAACAAAGAUACGGGUAGUGUGAAGUUUGCGUGCACAGGCUCCAUCAUCGGCAAAAGGAUAAUUCUAACAGCUGCUCACUGUGCGUUGGCCAAACCGGAAGGGUACAAAUUAUCCACAGUGGUGGUGGGUGAAUGGGACGUCAGCCGUAGUCCAGAUUGUUCAGAUUUCUUCUGUGCACCGCCGCCACAAGCCCUCAAAGUUGAGAGCGUCUCGGUACACCCUGGAUACGAACAGAAGAUAUUCAGACAUGACAUAGCACUCAUCAUUUUGAAGGAUGAAAUUAAAUACUCCGUGACAGCUGCACCUAUCUGCCUUAAUGACAGGCCAUUGGUAGUGGACGAACGGGCCUCGCUCGUGGGCUGGGGAAAACUGUCCGGACAAAGUACAGCGGCGAGUCAUCAACAACAAUUGGAAGUCCCAAUAGUCCCCUUAGAAACGUGUGAGCGAGUGUUCGGUGAAUCCGUACCCAUACACGAGGGACAGUUAUGCGCUGGGGGGGAACAGGGGAAGGAUGCUUGUUCCGGCUUUGGUGGGGCUCCCCUGGUUAUGAAGAGGGACGGAAUGUUUGUACAGGUUGGCAUAGUGUCAUUUGGCUCCGAGAACUGCGGAAGCGAAGGUGUGCCCAGCGUUUACACCAAUAUAGGGCACUAUCAUCGCUGGAUUGUCGAUAAUUCGCCCUCAAAUUAAUGUAAUCCCUUACAACAAAAUAGUCUUAGUUUAAGAAUCUUAAGACUCAAACUUUAGCACCACACGUCGCCAGUUGAUUAUCAAGAGAGAGUUGUCAGGAGAGAGAGAGAGACCACAGAGGAUGGGAAAAGGCCGAGUUUUAUACGGUAAGUUAAAACUCAACUGUGGUCUCGACUGUACAAUAAAUAAAACAUCGUAAAAAUAAAUUUUGACAAAUAAAUUAUUACAAUAAGUAUUUUCGUUUCUCUACCUGCAAAACCUUUUCAAAACAAAGCAUUAUUACUAAUAACACUGUUUUAAUAUCGCGAUAGUAAGGUUUAAUUCAUCGUAUACAUAACUUUUGUAAAACACGCUUUAUCAAGCAUUGAAAAUUGUCAUUGUAAAUAAUGUUAUAUCAAGGCCCAUAGAAAAUCGAUGUAAAAUUAUCGACACGAGUGGGUUUGAUGUAAAUUAUAUCUCUACCAUAUGUAUUAGUUUAUUGUUAA